UUACAGAAACGGGUUUGAUAUCUGCAAGCGAGGAGAGGAGCAUAAUUUGUUUUGUAUAUUAACACAUAUUUCUAAUUGUGUAUUCAUCAGUGAGGUUAACUUAAUUUGUAUUUGUAAAGUCUGUUUGCUGACCAAGCCGAAAUAGUAGAAAUCCUGCACGCGACUGCAGAACUUUUGCCAUGGAAUAUGAAUAGCUGGAAAGUCCGUUUCUUUAACUCACCUGCUUGUGUAGUCAUAUAGAUUUUUCACUCAAAUGACACUCGACUCACUUUGCAAAUCUGUGGUAAUUAAAUGAGAUCAAAGUGAGUAGCCUGGAGAAAUUAAACCACAACCAGGCAUGACCGUGGAGAAACCAGCCGCAGGUGUUCGCACCUUCGGCGGCCUGAACAUCCGGAGGCACCUGGCGAGUCUGGGGGCUCACCCUCCCGCCGUGGCUUACUCCAUGACCACCCUGGGAGCAGGCAUGAUGAACAGCAUAUUUAGCUUCUACUAUGUCAAGCUGUUCCUCAACAAGUACAAAAUAUCAGAGGGAGCUUUCCAUCAGUCACAAGUGAGUACUGUACUACAGUAACAGAUACUGUAAACUUUCUGGGCAUUAGGUAGCCUAGUGGUUAGAGCGUUGGGCCAGUAACUGGACCAAAUUAUUAUUUAUUAAACAGCAACUGUAGCCGUAGGGCCCUAUGACUAUUAUGCACUUGCAUAAUAGUAGGCCUACAUUGUACACUGCCCAAUAAUAGUAUGUCAAUUCAAAAUGGGAAUAACUGGCUUGAUAUGUCAAUGCUCAAUGAUAGUGAGGAAAGUACGCACAAUGGUAUUCUUGGCCAUGCAGCUUGCUCACACUUUUAUUAAGUGGAACGAACCACACAUGACAGCAUAUACAGUCCUUAGAUGUGUAAUUUGGGCAAUUGUUCAAUAUUAGCAACUUCGAGAUGCAAACAAGACAAUUAUUAUGUCAUCCCUCUUUGUCAUCUCUUCAUCCUGACAGGUGGUGUACAUGGUGUGGAACGCAGUGAACGACCCUCUGUUUGGCUACCUGCAGGAUAACUCCCGCGUACCAUGCUGCUCUCAACGUCGUCUCUCCAUCCUGUAUGGUGCUCCCUUCUACGCACUCGCCUUCCUGCUCGCCUGGUUCCCAUGGCGAGAGUACGCCCCCGGCGACUGGAUGAGCGGCGUCCACCUAAUGGUGGCAUUGUGUGCGUUCGACGGGAUGCUGACGUUUGUGUUGCUGGCGCAGUGCGCCCUCUUUGCAGAGAUAUCAGGCCACCACCAGAGCAGACUGAGACUCAUCAAGUACAACCAGGUAGGAAAGGGAGGUGUUUUGUGAAGUGUUUCUUUUACAAGUUUCAUUUUAGCUGCAGUAUUUAUUUUGUUGUCUGAAGUCAGUAAAGUGUUCUCACGUUUAUCUCCUCUUCCCCCUCCUCUCCCCAGGUGGCGUCCCUUAUAGGUUCUUCCAGUGUUCUAUUCUGCGGCCUCCUCUCCCAGAACAUGGAUGACUUCCCAUCCUUCCAGGGCUUCACUGUCCUGGUGGCUGUUCUGGCCUGUGGCUGCAUGAUCUACACAGGCCUACACAGUGAGAGCCGCUUCGACACCAAAGAGUCAGCACCGGGGUCAAACGACCAGGGUUCUGGCCAGUUAACUCUUUCCUUCUCCUUGGUGACCUCUAUGACCUUGCAGAUCCUGACCAAUAGGGACUUCCAGCUCUUCGUGCUCAUGAACUUCUUCCAGGUCAGAAAAAAGACUGGGAUACAGCCGCUCAAUGGGGCCACAGAAUGUGGGCACAUAUCACUUGGUUUGUUCUGUUAAUGGGAAUAUGUGUGUGUAUAUGAGUGUGUACCACAUCUGACCAUUACAUGUAUAUUUCCUAUCCAUUGCACUUUUCCCAGGUCUUCAUGGUGGCAUUCUGUAAUAACUUCACUAUGAUCUUCGCCGAGCAUCUGAUACCCCCCAACGUGCUGCCAUCACUGGCCAAGAGCUUCAUGUAUGGAGCCGGCUUUAUCUGUCCUCAGGUAACAUACCGCAGCUCAAAACACUUUAUACUGAGUGGAGGGAGUCACUAACCUUACUCAGCACCACCAGUGUAUUGCAUUGAGUGCCUUGCCAAGUGCUGACCACACAUUACACCACCUAUUUUCUAGCAUUGCCUUGUUGAUUUAUUCCCAUGGUGUUACUUACUGUACUGUACCUUACUGUCAUCUCUGUGGUGUGUCUCUCUCAGUUGGUGGUGCUGAGCAGUCAGAGCCUGCUCCACGGCCUGGGCUACUACAAGAUCAUCCUGCUCACCUUCUACGUAGAGGCUGGCAUGGCUGCCGUCAUGCUGGUGCUGGGGCCACAUCACUACUACAUCCUGGCAUUCUUCCUGACCGCUAACAUGUAAGAAGUUAUGUUAUCGAAUUGUCAUUGUAAUGUUAUUAUAUCAUCUAUUUAUAUGUUAUUGUAGCCACUGUCAUUAAUGACAGUGAAUGUCCACAUAUAUCAGUGUCAGUUAUGUAAUUCAGUAACAUGAUUUGCUCCAUGAGUUGGAUAUACACCAGUGCCAUUUUACAACGGUUUGCUUUAUCACACAAACCCUUUCAUUGUAAAAAUGUUUUAAACAAAAAUAUCUUUGUCGCCAUUAAGGGUCCUUGUCCAGGCAGCCUUCAGUCUGUUUAACCUGCCUCUGGCUGACAUUAUCGACUCAGACCUUCAGAGACACAAGCGCAGGUAAACCCAGGUCUGCUGUGUCACAGUUAUAAUAGUGCCACAUCAGCACACAGUGAACUCCACCCGCCCAGCCAUCCAUUAUAGAUAGACAGUAAUAGAACACUACUCCCUCAGGGGUGUUCUGUAGGCUAACACUGAGCUUCAUUGGCAGUGCUACAGUACCUAACAGUCUCCCUAACAUUACAAAAGUAACUGAGGCUGUAUGUACUUUGUAGGGCACAUUAAGUAUGUAUUGAUAUUAACCCACCAAAGUAAGUGUGGAAGAGGUAAGUUAUUUGGACUUCAAUUGUAAAAUGUUGCAAUGAAUGUGCAUCUCUGUAAGUCACGUACAGUACACAGACAGGAAUGUAAACACAGUGAUGGAUGUAAACACUAGCAAGGGUAUGACUAAAAGCGCCUUGAGCCCUUGAUGGAAAAUAUAAAUCCAAUCAUUCCAAUCCAUGAUUAUUAUUGUUAUAUCCUCCUUAUGACAUCAAUGUAAGUGGAUCAAGUAUUAAAGCCUUGUUGUGUCCUUUCCCUCUGUGUCCUCUACAGCUCCCCCCUCUCCUCCAUGGUGUUUGGGACCAAUGCUCUGUUCACUAAACCAGCCCAGUCUCUGGCUCCUAUGCUGGUGGUCUCCAUCCUAAACCAGUUUGGCUACGAGAACCUGAAGGAUGCUGGGAGGGAUGCAAAACCCAGGUAAGGGCUGCUGGGAGGGAUGCAAAACCCAGGUAAGGGCUGCUGGGAGGGAUGCAAAACCCAGGUAAGGGCUGCUGGGAGGGAUGCAAAACCCAGGUAAGGGCUGCUGGGAGGGAUGCAAAACCCAGGUAAGGGCUGCUGGGAGGGAUGCAAAACCCAGGAAGGGCUGCUGGGAGGGAUGCAAAACCCAGGGAAGGGCUGCUGGGAGGGAUGCAAAACCCAGGGAAGGGCUGCUGGGAGGGAUGCAAAACCCAGGGAAGGGCUGCUGGGAGGGAUGCAAAACCCAGGGAAGGGCUGCUGGGAGGGAUGCAAAACCCAGGGAAGGGCUGCUGGGAGGGAUGCAAACCCCAGGGAAGGGCUGCUGGGAGGGAUGUAAAACCCAGGGAAGGGCUGCUGGGAGGGAUGCAAACCCCAGGUAAGGGCUGCUGGGAGGGAUGCAAAACCCAGGUAAGGGCUGCUGGGAGGGAUGCAAAACCCAGGUAAGGGCUGCUGGGAGGGAUGCAAACCCCAAGUAAGGGCUGCAUCUCAAUAGUCUAAAAUGGCCUCUCCUUAUCUCCUUUUUGCUAAUUGUAUUAUUGUGGUGAGAACUAAACAGGUGAAAGUGAAUUCCCUGUAGACAUCCAUUUUGCUUGUAUCUGACCUGUGUCUUCAGAUAAGUGAGGAGAGGAAGGCACUUUAGACUAUCAAGAACGACCAUUUAAGAUCCUGUUCAGUGUUUUGCAUUAUUAGCAAUAAUCCAUGUUUGCGCUGCCAGCAUGCAAAUUAACUUUAGCCUGACCAAACCAGUCUUACUGUUACGGCCUUGUGUAUUUUGGGGCUGUGAGGAAUGAGAGUAGGAGUAGGAAUGAUCUAGGAUUGGUUCACUGCCAGCGAGUCACCUGCUGAAUUAAAGUAGCAUUUGAUUCAUUUCAGGUGCAGAUGUCACACAUUGUUAUCCGUAGUUGUAGUGUUUGACAACUUGCUGGGGUUAUAUCUUGAACUCUACUGUUACGCUUACUGAGAUAAGACUGCUUACAUCCCCUAGUGGUGAAAUAACCGCAUUGACAUGUUACAUUAAUUGUGUCAGUGAACCAAUGUAAAGCAACUGCAUUUAUUCUACGACAUGGUAGUUAAUUAUACGCUACUUUAAUGUGUCUCUGUCGUAGUAUUAUUAGAUGUAAUUUUUAUAAAUUGUCUUGAUACACAGACAUACUGGUUGAAUUCAUGACAACACAUUUCCAGUAGCUCCUCUAUGUCUUGUAACAUAUCCUGUACUGUCUGAAUAAUGUCCUACUCCUCCCCUGCAGUGACUUGGAGGCCCUCCACACCACCAUGUUCUACCUGGUGUGUGUGGUGCCCAUGUGUGUCGCCGCCCUGCAAGUCUUCGCCUGGAGGCCCUUCUCAAUACGCAACAGUCACACCGUGGACACCAAGUAUAUCGACGGACUGAGUCACUCAACUUAAUCUCUGUGUCUAUGCUGACUUUUAAGACUUGACAGGCUGCUGCAGCACUCCUAAAGGGAACAUGGUGGUGUAAUGGCAGGAGGGUACUGCAGAAGAAAACUCUCCAUCUGUAUGUGUUUAUUAUGUUUGUCUGUGAACUUGUCUGGUGGUGAUGAAGGGAACGGUACUGACCCUAACUCUGGUAUCAGGAGCACAGUACCUGAGCCUGCUAUUACGCUAUGCACUAUGUAAUAAUAUGAUGUUAGUUACUGUGAAAACUGUAUGACUUAACCAAGUUUAUUGAGGGAUAUAUUGUAGCAUCAGAUUACUUUCAAAUAGGUUAUUAGUUUGCAGACUUUGUUCUCCAAACAACUUGAAUGUAAAACAGAUAUUGUCUUUGACAUAGUGUAUACAUUGUGUAUACUACAUACUGGUAUCAUGGGACCUGAACCAUUGUGAUGUUGUGCCUUUGUCUAAAUAGUUAAUACCAAUCAAAUAUGCUAUUACUUUUCAUUCAAAUUAUUUGCAUUAAUUUGUUGGGGAAUGUUUUCUACAAGUCUUUUUUACACUGUUUCCAUUUGAAUUAAAAACAAUAAGCCUUCAUUCAAAUAACUUGCACAUGUUAUUUACAUUUACUUUUUAAACUGAAACAUGCGUUGACUUUUUAAACUGAAACAUGAACCAAAACAAUCUGAUAUUCAAAUAGGCGGACUUCAGAUUCAGUACAGGGACUUCUGUUUUUCUUUCUGAUUCAUUUAAAGUUAAUCAAAUUGAGAUUAUUUUUGUCUUGUUACUCUCUCCAUAUAGCAUGUUUUCCAUUUUAAGCUGCCUGAAGAGGAAAAGGCUAUACGGUCACUCCU